AUGUCAGACACGAGCGCAAACUCCGUUGAGAUUAACGACGCUCUUUUCUGCCAGCACUUCAAGGAAGUCUGCGCUGUAUGCUCGUUCGAUGGGCGGGAAGAGAAUGAUGCAUUCUUUGGUUUCGAUCCGAUUGACCGCGAAGGUCUUGAGGCCCCGCCGUCGAGUGUGAACAAGGAGGGCCAGCACCAGUGCAAGAAGCACGGUUCUACUGCAUGUAGUCAAUGCUAUGGGUGGAAGAAACAAAUCACGCGGGCCAGAACAGCGGCCAAGAAGGCCGGAAAGAAGUCGUCCUGA